AUGGAGAGGCGUCAUCAUCAUCAAUUGCUUCUGCUACUGCUUGUCAUUUCUCUGCAUAUGAUUGGCGCUUCAGUGGCUGCUACUGUUGGAAGAUCCAAAGUUCCUGCAAUUUUUGUUUUCGGAGACUCGCUAUUCGAUGCUGGUAACAAUCACUACAACAAAAAUUGCAGCGCACAGGCUGAUUUCCCGCCUUAUGGAACCACGUUCUUCCACCGACCUACAGGAAGAUUCACCAAUGGCAGAACUGUCGCAGACUUCAUUUCACAAUAUAUAGGAAUUCCUCUGCAAAAACCAUUCCUGGAGGCACAGCUUGAGAUUGUGAAAGGAACUCGGAAGAAUUACCCGUCCAACGGCCUCAAUUUCGCCAGUGCUGGCAGUGGAGUUUUACUAGCAACAAACAAUGAUUCGGGAGUGACACCACUCCAGAUUCAGCUGCAACAAUUCCAAGCACUCGUUGAACGAAGCCUCAUCGACCGAAACCAGGUGAAAAAAUCCCUAAUCCUCCUGGAAUCCGGCUCAAACGACAUCUUCAACUAUUUCUUCUCGAUCGACACUCCAGCACUCACACCCGACGCUUACGUGGAAUCCAUGGUAACAGAAGUAGUUAGCUUCGUGGACGCAAUAUACAAGCUCGGAGCCCGCCGCAUCGCUCUCUUCGGAUUAGGCCCCGUCGGCUGUGUUCCGGCGAGAACAAACUUGCCCGGCGCCCCCGCCGGAAAGUGCUACGGUAAAAUGAAUAAAAUGGUGAAGAACUACAACACAGGACUCGAAAAAAUCGCGCUGCAAACAUUGCCCGUCAAAUACCCUCUUGCAGUCGGCGUUUACGGAGCUGUUUACCAGAUUGUCCAAACUUUCCGAUCCAAUCCCCAUUCCUACGGAUUUGGGGAUGUGAGCAAUGCGUGCUGUGGAUACGGUACAUUGGGCGGGCAGCUCCAAUGCGGGAAGGAAGGUUACACAUUAUGUAAGAACCCUAACGACCAUUUAUUCUGGGAUUUCUUCCAUCCAUCGGAGCGCACCAACAAGCUCAUUUCCAAGGCCCUGUGGGCCGGCGGCCAUGCCAGAAUUCGACCCUUCAAUCUCAAGAAAAUGGUCAACAACAUCACCCUCCCCGCCAUGUGAACGUAUGUGAGUCACAUCAAAUUAAUUAAUACAAUAAUCUAAGUUAAUGGGCCCAAGCCCAAUACGUUUUAAUUUAAUCAUAAUAAUAGUAAAAUAGUGAGGAGAGGCAUCAACGGCGAAACUGCCCACCACCGCGUUCUUGAGUCAAACUCCUCGUAAAAAACUGCCUGCCCAAACUAUCCACAAAAACGUGUUCUUUUUUCUUCUCGAUGUAUAUAUAAUACCCAAACGACCAUAUUCGCAAUUCAACCUCUCCCAAAAAUUCUGUACCAAAAAAAACAUGGGGAAUUACAUUUCCUGCGCAUUCGUAGCUCCUAAACUGAGGAGUCCGAAGUCGGCGAGGGUCAUCCUCCCCGGCGGCGAAAUCCGGCAGUUCCGGCAGCCGGUGAAGGCGGCGGAGCUAAUGCUCGAAUCCCCAAACUACUUCGUGGCGAAUUCUCAGUCCUUAAACAUCGGCAGGCGAUUCUCGGCGCUGUCGGCGGACGAGGAUUUGGAGUUUGGGAAUCUCUACGUCAUGCUGCCUAUGAGGAAAGUGAAUUCGGUCGUCACGGCGGCUGACGUGGCGGUGUUUCUGAUGGCGGCGAAUUCGGCGCCGAGAAGGAUAUCGGCCGGCGGCAUCCCGGCGAGGAUAUCGCCGGUGGCUGAGUCGGUACACGAAGAUGAUGAUGAUGAUUCGAGUGAGAUCGGACGGUCGAGAUUGAGGCUAGAAGGAUUAGCGCCGGAGUUUAUGUACCGGCUGGCGUCGUGCCGGUCGAAGCGGCCCGGGUUGGAUACAAUUACUGAAGAACCUGUUUUUGCGAGAUAGAGAGAGGGAGGGUAGGAUAGUAACUUUGUAUUAUAUUUUUUUAUCUUAGAUUUAUUUUUUCUUUAAGAAAAAAGAAUUAUUCAAAUUAGGCGGUUGAUUUGUGGAUUUAUAAACUAAAAUCGCCUGUGUAGUGUAGACUUUGUAAUUGUAUGACUAUAAUAAUUCAAUUGUGUGGCCCAUUUUUAUAUUUGUUCCAA